AUGAAUAACGAAUCUGUUCUCCUCCAACAAUACACCAAACCGUCACUCACUUCAUCUCAUUCUCAUCUCCUCACUGCCACGACUGGUUCUCAGCACCACCACCUCGUCCUUCCAUCAUCAUCGAAUUUCCUCCCUUCCCGUUGCUUCCGCCCGCCAACGUCUCAUCUCCCCACCGUCAAACACAUAGCCACCACCAGCCGACGAACACCAUCAUCAUCACUUCCCAGGCUACCUCACCAACUUACCUCGAUCAGAAGCAGGGCGUGGGACGUCCCAAAUCACCGGCGGCCAACGAAAGCAGCAACUCGCCUCGGUUCGCGUCGAGCGUACACCGCCUCCCGCCUCCGCAAGUAA